AUGUGGUGGCCCACGCUGCUGGCCCUGCUGGUCCCUGUGGUGGCCCAGUUGCACCCCGAGCGGGAGCUGGACACCCAGUGGGACCUAUGGAAGGAAACCUACCGCAAGCAGUACAACACCAGUGAGGAGGUGGUGAGGACAAUGACAGGGUUGAAGGUGCCCCGUGGUCGUCCACGUCGCAACGAAACGCUCUAUGUCCCCGACUGGACCGAGAGAGCCCCGGCGGCCGUGGACUGGAGGAGGAAAGGUUACGUGACCCCUGUCAAGAACCAGGGCCAGUGCGGCUCGUGCUGGGCGUUCAGCUCCGUGGGUGCCCUGGAGGGGCAGCUCAAGCGCAGGACGGGGAAGCUGCUGUCCCUCAGCCCCCAGAACCUGGUGGAUUGUGUGGCCAACAACGACGGCUGCGGUGGCGGGUACAUGACCAACGCCUUCGAGUACGUGCGGCAGAACCGCGGCAUCGACUCCGAGGAUGCCUACCCUUACAUCGGCCCGGGCUGGGGCUUGGGCGUGUACUACGACGAGAGCUGCAAUGCCCAGAACAUCAACCACGCGGUGCUGGCGGUGGGCUACGGCACGCAGAAGGGCACCAAGCACUGGAUCAUCAAGAACAGCUGGGGCGAGGAGUGGGGCAACAAGGGCUACGUGCUUCUGGCGCGCAACAUGAACAACGCCUGCGGCAUCGCCAACCUCGCCAGCUUCCCCAGGAUGUGA